CAAAGCUCGCCAGUGUUGGCUAGGAUUUGCUUUUUACGGCAAAGUUGAUUUCAUGACCGCGAAAUACAUUAUGUUUAUUGCUUUAUAACAUGGUUUGUCAUCAAUAAACGACGAUUAAGUAGCACGAUAGGCGACCAAGCUCGGUGGCUAAUAACUGAGCUAAAGAACGGAGCUCAAGUUAGCUAGGCUAUAUCUCUUCAAAAUCGCCUUUGUUUUUAUAAUGUAGUAGCCAGGCUAUACUGUACAUUACGGUACUCCUGUCUGCGUCACAAGGGGGUCAAAGGUCGACUACAAACAUUUCAGCAGGCAGACAGUCAUUAGCUACAUGUUUGAUCUGAUUUUAGGUGUAGAAAAUGUGCUAACAGCUCGUGUCCGCGUUCAGAAUCAUCUUCAGUCAGUUACAGUCAUGUGUUAACAGUUUAGCUCACAGUAACAGCGGUGUCAUGGCUUCUUUAGUGAGCUCCUCAUUAAUGUCACCUGUCCGACUUUGUUGUUUGUACCUGUGCUCGAGAGCAAGCAGGAGGACGCUCUCUGCUAACGGUUUGGGUCAAAGGAGUUUGUGUCCAGGUGAAGGUGCAGCAGCUCUGUGCAGACAGACAAACUCUCCGUGGUGGAAUGGGAGUCGAGGGUUUUUCUCCCGUGGUGGCGGUGCAGGCGAGGAGCAGCAGACCCUGGAGGACAUCGCCAAGAACAUCAGAGAGCGGCAGUUCAAGAGGGUGGUGGUGAUGGCCGGAGCUGGGAUCAGCACGCCGAGUGGCAUCCCAGAUUUCAGGUCUCCAGGCAGCGGUCUCUAUGACAACCUGCAGCAGUAUGACCUGCCGUACGCCGAGGCCAUAUUCGAGCUCAACUUUUUUCACCACAACCCAAAUCCCUUCUUCGCCCUGGCCAAAGAGCUGUACCCAGGGAACUAUCAGCCCAACCUGACACAUUACUUUGUGCGACUGCUUCAUAAGAAGGGUCAGCUCCUCAGGAUGUACACGCAGAACAUCGACGGCCUGGAGAGAUUGGCAGGGAUUCCUCCUGACAUGUUGGUGGAGGCUCACGGUACUUUCGCCACCGCCACCUGCACCGCGUGCCUGAGGAAAUACGAGGCAGAGGACCUACGACCAGAUAUAUUGAGAGGGACGGUCCCAAAGUGUCCCACCUGUAAAGGCGUUAUAAAGCCCGACAUUGUGUUUUUCGGGGAGGAGCUUCCACAUCACUUCUUCAAGUACCUCACAGACUUCCCGCUGGCUGACCUGCUGAUCAUAAUGGGAACUUCACUGGAGGUGGAGCCCUUUGCCAGUCUGGCAGGAGCCGUGCGCGGCUCUGUACCCCGUCUCCUCAUCAACAGGGAUCUGGUGGGCCCGUUUGCCUGGUGCCGCCGGCCUCAGGACGUCGUUCAGCUGGGUGAUGUGGUCGGCGGUGUGCAGGCCCUCGUGGAUGCGCUAGGCUGGACUCAGGAGCUGGACGUUCUGAUGGCGGCUGCAGCUGAGAAAGCUGCAACAAAGACAGAAGAGUGAGCAGGUCGCCGCAUCAAGCUGGAGGUUUGACUUCAUUCACUGCACUCACAAUACAGAAAACACUGCAAGACUAAAUCCAGACUGUUUUCACUGGGUUCACGUGGUGACACUUGGAUCUUUGGUUGCAUUAAAGGAAACUCACAGAUAAGAACUGCUGCAAUGGAAACACUGAAAUGUUUCUCAGUCAAAUAUCAGUAAACACAGGUAAGUGACGCGCAGGGACACGUGGCAGAGAAAUCAGGUGCAAAUGUUUAUGUACAACAGAAUAUAAUGUGCAGCUGAUUGACCGUGUUGACUCAAUAAGAAAGAUGUGCAAUAUUAUAUUUUAUUUAUAAGCUUCUAAUUUUAAUGAAAUGUGUCUAAAGGACAACCUCUAUGAAGGCCUUUGUUUGUAUGAGGACAUUUAAUCCCUCUGAAAUCACUGACAUCACUGGUUUAGUGGAAUUAAAGGUCAAAACUUUACAAAA